GAGAGAGACACAGAGAGAUCGAGAGAGAGAGAGAAAGAAAGAGACAGAGAGAGAGAGAGAGAGAGAGAGCUGCUGCUGCAACAAGAGACGAGACGCUUCUUGGAUCACAAAUAGGAGGAUGCGGGGCGCAUGCGCACUGGGCUCCGUUUACUGUAGGAUAUUCACCGUGGAGGAAAAAAGGGGGCAGGCAACAAACCAGGAUUUUUUUUUACAAAACGGCUAAAAAACACGGGACCAGUGCAAAGUGAAUUCCUCCUAUAGGAGGGACACGAUAUAGGAUUAUCAACAGGUAGGAUUUGAAUUGAUCUGGUGAUCGGCUGUAUCUCCAUCCUCCCUCUCUCCAUCCCUCGCUUUCUCUCGCCUCUUUUUUUCCUUCUUAUUUUUUUUACCGGCCUUGUCUUGUGUGGUGGCGGCUGCGUCUCCAUCCCUGGGUGAAUUCAUACAGAUAGCGGGGACAUCAUGGGGAUUAUUGUCAUUAUUCUAGUCUAAUGGACGCGCGGACCCGCUGCGCCGUUGUGCUUCAUCCACCCGACCGGGGCGCAAGGACGAUGGUUUUACCCUGCUGUGUUUUUUCACUGGGAUCCAUCGGAUUCAGACGCGCGUAAAAAAAACACGACUGACAAUCGGAGGACGCAUUAAAACGCGUUUUUUUUUUUUUUUUUUAGGUGUGAUGAGACAAAGGAACAAAGGAUGCCUUAGGGGAGAGGUUGCCUAUAUGCCUGGAAACCUCUUCAAAGCACAUCGCCAAAUGGAUCUAACGCCUCCCCCCGCCACCUCUAGAUCAUGAUACUUGGCUGAAGCUAUUCCGCUAUCUUUAUGAUCCCUCCUCCAUCUAUGGCGAACUAUAGUCAUGCAGGGGACCACACCAUCUUGCAGAAUGUCUCUCCUCUCGCCACGUUCCUCAAAUUGACCUCCCUGGGUUUCAUCAUCGGCGUCGGCGUGGUCGGAAACCUCCUGAUCUCCAUCCUGCUGGUCAAAGACAAGAGCCUGCACCGGGCACCCUACUAUUUCCUGCUGGACCUGUGCGCCUCCGACAUCCUGCGCUCCGCCAUCUGCUUUCCCUUCGUCUUCACUUCGGUCAAGAAUGGGUCGGCCUGGACGUACGGCACGCUGACUUGCAAAGUGAUCGCCUUCCUGGGUGUCCUCUCUUGUUUCCAUACGGCGUUCAUGCUGUUUUGCGUCAGCGUCACCCGCUACCUGGCCAUCGCUCAUCACCGUUUCUACACCAAGAGGCUGACCUUCUGGACCUGCCUCGCCGUCAUCUGCAUGGUGUGGACGUUGUCGGUGGCUAUGGCGUUCCCGCCAGUGCUAGAUGUAGGGACGUACUCUUUUAUCCGGGAGGAGGACCAGUGCACAUUCCAGCACCGCUCCUUCAGGGCAAACGAUUCGCUGGGCUUCAUGCUCCUGCUGGCGCUCAUCCUCCUGGCCACACAGCUGGUUUACCUCAAGCUCAUCUUUUUCGUCCACGACCGUCGAAAGAUGAAGCCUGUCCAGUUCGUGCCUGCCGUCAGCCAGAACUGGACCUUCCACGGGCCGGGGGCCAGCGGGCAGGCGGCGGCCAACUGGCUGGCUGGAUUUGGCCGAGGCCCCACCCCGCCUACUUUGCUGGGCAUCCGGCAGAACAGCAACGCAGCAGGCCGCAGGCGUCUACUGGUGUUAGAUGAGUUCAAAACGGAGAAGAGGAUUAGUAGGAUGUUCUACAUCAUGACGUUUUUCUUCCUAGCUCUGUGGGGGCCCUAUCUGGUUGCCUGCUACUGGCGGGUGUUUGCAAGGGGCCCCGUGGUCCCUGGGGGCUACCUGACGGCAGCCGUGUGGAUGAGCUUUGCCCAGGCGGGGGUCAACCCUUUCAUCUGCAUCUUCUCCAACAGGGAGCUCCGGCGCUGCUUCAGCACCACACUCCUCUACUGCAGAAAAUCCAGGUUACCAAGGGAACCCUACUGCGUUAUAUGAAGGUUUUGCUGUGGCUUUUUUCUCAUCUAUGUCUCUAUUUCCCUGAUUGAUCUUGAUGUGGGCUUGGUCCCACUGUACAGCGCACUCUCUCUUUCUAUCUCUCUUCUCUUCAUCCUCCAGUUUUCUCCUCUCGUUCCUCCUUCUGCAAACCCCUUUUUUCAGAGGUGGAAGGUGGACGACCAAUCACGAGGCUCCGCUGGGGGUGAUUGAGUGUGAAAUGUAUCAAACAUGGAGGCUGAAGGGAAUGGGAAAUGCGCAGGAGGUCUCUCUGGAUCCCCCUCCUGUGUUUAUGUUCUAGUAAACAGACGUUGUUGGAAGGCCAUGCCAAUGCAGAGAAGCAAAAAGCUUGAAAAAAGAAAAGAAAAGAUUUGACGAGAACAAUGAAAACUGAACCUCUUUCUUUGGAUAAUUUGAAGAUGCAUUAUUCUGUGAGGUGUAAAAAUGAAAAGAAAA